CAAGCCGCCGGAAGUGUGCCGCUCCGAGAGGCCGCCCCUCUCCGUUCAUUCAGCAAUUUCAAGUGCAAUAUGACGGGAUUUAAUUUUUACAUUUUCAAAUUGAAAAAUUAAAAAACAUGGCUACAAAACGAAAAGUAGACAUGAUUGUCCCCGCCGAGGAAAGCGACCAGCUGCUAAUUCGUCCACUGGGUGCUGGUCAGGAGGUUGGGCGGUCAUGUAUUAUCCUGGAGUUCAAAGGAAGGAAAAUUAUGCUGGACUGUGGCAUUCACCCUGGCUUGGAGGGAAUGGAUGCUCUCCCUUACAUAGACUUGAUCGACCCAGCUGAGAUAGACCUGCUGCUCAUCAGCCAUUUCCACCUGGAUCACUGCGGAGCUCUGCCUUGGUUCCUCCAGAAGACCAGCUUUAAAGGGAGGACAUUCAUGACCCACGCCACUAAGGCCAUUUACCGCUGGCUGCUAUCAGAUUACGUCAAAGUCAGCAACAUCUCUGCAGACGACAUGUUGUACACUGAGACUGACCUGGAGGAGAGCAUGGACAAGAUUGAGACCAUCAACUUCCACGAGGUCAAGGAAGUGGCUGGGAUCAAAUUUUGGUGCUACCACGCUGGUCAUGUGCUGGGAGCUGCCAUGUUCAUGAUCGAAAUAGCUGGAGUGAAACUGCUGUACACAGGAGACUUCUCCCGACAAGAAGACAGACAUCUCAUGGCUGCUGAGAUCCCCAGUGUCAAACCUGACAUCUUAAUCAUAGAGUCAACCUAUGGUACUCAUAUCCAUGAAAAGAGGGAGGAGCGUGAAGCUCGGUUCUGUAAUACAGUCCAUGACAUUGUCAACAGAGAGGGCCGCUGUUUAAUCCCUGUGUUCGCUUUGGGACGGGCCCAGGAACUGUUGCUUAUUUUAGAUGAGUACUGGCAGAACCACCCAGAGCUCCAUGACAUCCCCAUUUAUUAUGCUUCAUCCCUGGCCAAGAAGUGCAUGGCUGUGUACCAGACUUAUGUCAACGCAAUGAAUGACAAGAUCCGCAAGGCCAUAAACAUCAACAAUCCUUUUGUCUUCAAACACAUCAGCAACCUAAAGAGCAUGGAUCACUUUGAUGACAUCGGCCCCAGUGUGGUGAUGGCGUCUCCAGGUAUGAUGCAGAGCGGCUUGUCCAGAGAGCUCUUUGAGAGCUGGUGCACUGAUAAGAGGAAUGGAGUUAUCAUCGCUGGAUACUGUGUGGAGGGGACACUGGCCAAGCACAUCAUGUCUGAGCCUGAGGAGAUCACCACCAUGUCCGGACAGAAGCUGCAGCUGAAGAUGUCGGUGGACUACAUCUCCUUUUCUGCUCACACUGACUACCAGCAGACCAGCGAGUUCAUCAGGGCUCUCAAACCACCGCAUGUGAUCUUGGUACACGGGGAGCAGAAUGAGAUGGCCCGUCUGAAGGCUGCGCUGAUCAGGGAAUAUGAGGAUAAUGAUCAGGUUCAUAUCGAAGUCCACAACCCUCGCAACACAGAGGCUGUCACACUGAACUUCAGAGGAGAGAAACUGGCCAAGGUGAUGGGCUCACUGGCUGAUAAGAAAUGCAUUCAGGGUCAGAGAGUGUCAGGAAUACUAGUGAAGAAGAACUUCAACUACCACAUUCUCAACCCCUCUGACCUGUCCACCUACACAGAGCUGGCCAUGAGCACAGUGAAACAGACCCAGGCCAUCCCCUUCACUGGACCUUACUCGCUACUCGUCUGCCAUCUGAGGAACCUCACUGGUGAUGUGGAAGAGCUGGAUGGAACCGAGAAGAACACUUUAAAGAUCUUUAAAAACAUCACUCUGAUCCAUGAGGCUGGCAUGGUGCUGCUGGAGUGGAUAGCUAACCCUCUCAAUGACAUGUAUGCCGAUGCUGUCACCACUGUGGUACUGGAAGUCCAGUCAAACCCAAAGGCUCAAAAAGUCAUGGAGACUCAGAGCGCCAUUAUGGACAUGGAUGUCUUCCAAACCCGGCUAGAAGUCAUGUUGCAGGACAUGUUUGGAGGAGAAUGUGUGGACUUCAGUGAUGGUAAAAACAUCUGUGUGACAGUAGAUGGGAAGACAGUUCACAUUUGCUUGGAAACAAGGUUGGUGUCCUACGAGGAUGAAUGCACAGAGGAUGACUCGCUGAGAGAGAUGGUAGAACUGGCGGUGCAGCGGCUCUAUGAUGCCCUGAACCCAGUUAUCUGAGAACGGAGACGUGUUUGGUACCAGUUUGAUUUUUAAUGAAGAAGUCUCUCAGGCUUUAUCAUCACUGAUUACUACGGAAAGACAAUUUUUUACAUAUUUCGACAAGAAUCAAUGUGACUUCUAUCAAUGUAAAAGAAUUAUUGUGCUCUCUUACUAAUUAGAGACAAAAAAAGCAGAUUUGUAAGAGUGCGACUACUUUGUAAGCAAAGAAAAUAAGCUAUGUAGAGCGGUUUUCAUAGAUGUUAGUGUUUUUUAAUGUAAGCACUUUUAAUGUUGUUAAUAAGUCCAUUGUAUUCGUGUGUAGAUGUGCUGUAAGUUUGUUUGGAGUUUAUUACUAAUAUGCACUGAUUUAACCGACUGUGACGUGAACUGUGAAUUUUUAAAUGCACUUAAUCUAUGUGUUCAUUGAAUAAUAUAUAAAUGAGACUUCCAAAAAAUAUGUGCAGUAGUUUAAUUUAAUCAGUGGGUCCUUCUUUGGUAAUUUAUUUCCCUUUAUUUGACACUUUAAGACCCAUUUUUUGAUAUGCAACAAUAGGCAAUAGGAAUUAUGUGGCAUAACAAUUAACCAUAUGGCUGGGCUACAGUUAUUUUCAGGUUUUAAAUCAGUGCUAAUAAAAAUUAAACACCCAAGCAACAUUUGUUUGGCUGUGCUCUGAUAAGCACUGCUCAUAAGUAAUUUAUUUAUUAUGCGUCUGGUCAAUAUAACCAGUGACUUUUACAAUAAAUAUCAUUAAAGGCACAUUCUUUACAACAACCAUCUGAGCACAACAUUGCAGUUCUCCUAAUGCUUUCAAGACAUGACUCAUCCCUUUCUGUCAUUGCUAUAAAUAUUUCAUAAAUAGCAAUACAUUAAAAUGUCAUUAAAACUUGCUUCACCGUUACAAAUAAUAAAAUCUACCUGACACAGGGACUUUAUGAAAGCCAAAGUAGUUGAACUGAGGUACUGAACGGUUGUAAAUCAACCACUGAAGCCUCCUCUGUUGGCAGGAGAUGACAUGCUGACAACUUGUUGGCACAGUGGGGAGUUAAGAACUACAAAUAAAGUGAUAGAGACUGGACCACCAAGUGAAAGCCGGAAGAGGAAGAACUGUAAGGAGUGAGUUGCAUUUCAUUUUUAACAAUUAUUUAAGUAGUGUAUUCAUAGAGUGAGACAAAAAUCAUUGCUUUGUAAGUAUGGCUGCUCACAUGCACAUUCAGGGCCACAACACACAAUCAUUUCCCUGCCAGGUAACAGGGAUAAAUGGAGAUUACAUUUUGUGAAACUGGAAGUGACAUCUUCAGACUGCUUGUUUUGUUUGUCUACAGCCUUGAUGUCAAAUAUAUCAACGUUACAAUCACAUAAAACAAAUAAAACCAUUGGUUCUUGAACAUGCCGAUUUACCAA